UUCCAGCGCGGUAGCCGGGUUAUUUCGCUGUUCUACUUGUACACGCGAUGUGUGAGGAUAGAUUAAUUUUAUUACGUGAUAACGCGUGAUAUAAUAAGACAAGUGAGUUAAUAAAAAUAUAAUUAAUGUCUUGUCCUACUUUCAACGUCUCCAGAAGCACAACAAAGAGUAAUCUCCAUAGAUGACGCUGCUUAACGACCGGGGGUAUAUAAAAAGUGUAAAAGUGGCGUUGGUGGGGAUGAAGCCGGGGCAUUGAACAAAGGUUGACUGCGUCGGUCGUGGAGCCGGCGGCGCAUUCACGAUUCAAACAUGGCAGCGGCUACCAGCGUUGUCGUGCUCGACAGGGGCAACAAUACCACCUGCACGAUUAAUUUACACGGGGCCACGGUGGUAUCCUGGCGAGUGAAUAAUCAAGAACAACUGUUCGUAAGUAAACAAGCUGUAUUCGACGGGAAGAAAGCCAUUAGAGGGGGUAUACCAUUUGUUUUCCCGCAAUUCGGAGCAUGGACGUUCGGGCCACCCCAUGGAUUCGCAAGGAUCGUCCGUUGGAACGCGGAAAAGUUACCCGAACGAUUACCCAGCGGUGACGUUGAGGCAAUAUUCUCUAUAAUGGAUAGCGAAUUCACCCGGUCAAUGUGGAAUUACCCCUUUAGGUUAACGUACAGACUAAUUCUUCGGGAAAAGGAGCUGCACUUCAAUAUCGCCGUGUACAACCCCAGCAAAGAUCACGCGUUUAGCUUUAAUCUGCUGUUGCACACCUACUUUAAAGUACCGGACGUUAGGAGAUGUCAGAUCACCGGUCUUCAUGGAUGCACUUUUAUCGACAAGACGAGGGAUAACCAAAUCUUUCAAGAAGGCCGUGACGUAGUAACGGUGUGCGAAUGGACGGACAGAAUUUACCAGAACACACAACCAGAACACAUUAUCACUAAUGUUGUAUCCGGUAGAAAAAUGCGGGUACAAAAGUACAAUUUUCCGGACACGGUUGUGUGGAAUCCUUGGCAGGAAAAGGCCCGCGAUAUACCUGACUUCGGUGACGAUGAAUUUCCAAAUAUGAUAUGCGUAGAAAGCGGACACGUUAGUAGUCCAGUGUUAUUAUCACCUGGAACAGCUUUUGAGGCCAGUCAAAUCUUACAGGUAAUGUGAGUAGAGGGAGGACCGACUUCGCACGUAACAACCGGAAAUAAUUCCAAUCCAUUACAUCCGGUCUCCUCUGCACCAGAUACCGUCUGGCGAACCGGUGCUGGAUGGCUAUACAUGCCACCACCUCCACCGCCACCGCCACCGCCGCCAACGUCCUCGGCACAUCAAUCGCACCUUCAUGCGCAUUGUAUCGCUCAGACUUGCACUAUAUGUUCUCUUAAUCUUUAAAUCCUUACGUCUAGAAAGUCGAAUGAAACCAAUACAGAUUCACUAUACUCUCGGUUAUCGCGACAAUAGUUUCUUCCGUUUUUGGUAUCGAAUAUUUCAGUACUAAGAACUGCAAAACAUUUGUUAUUGUACAAAAAGAUUAGACACUACGUAGGUAUUCGUAUUUUAUACUGAAUAAAAAUGUAUCGAUCACUCUAGAAUUUUUGGGAUCAUUGAAAUUUUGUUGCCACAGGAGUUUAAACAAUUUUAUACUCUUCAAUAGAAUUGGAUUCAGAUCCAGUUUGUUCAGACAAAUACACUCCAGAGAAAUGUAAACUCACCGAGGUUGAAGAAUAUUAUUUUCCAUUAUUAUAAAACUUUAGUGACAUCGGUAUAUUCUUGAUUUCUUUCUGUUUCUUUUUAUUUUAAACGGAAGAUAUUUUAAUGCUUUCGUUAUUGUUGUUGUUUAUCAUCAAAUGAAACAUGGAACAGUCCUUAGUUCAAUCACAACAUUUUUUUCCAACAUUUUUAGUUUGUUUAAUGAACCUGUCUUGAAAAGUACUCCACCUUUGAGUACACAGUAUGCAUUAUUGUUCGGACAAUAAGUUUAAUAAUUAUAACUUGGAGAAAAGUAUAAUUCCUAGUUAUAUUUUAACAUGUGAGAAAAAAUAAUUCUCAAUUCCCUUGUUACAGUUCCUUUCAUAAUUCAUCUUUCAUAAUAUUCUUUAGAAUAAUAUUUGGAAAACUUGUGCAUAACGAGAUUUUGUUGUAAUUUUUUUAAAAACACAAGAUUUUGAAUGCAUUUUGUAUCUGCUACUACUUUUAAUGUUGAAGUAUAUCAAUUUUAGGUAAUUCUCUUGUAAUACAAAUUAUCAAUACAUUCAUAUAUAUUUUUGUUCAAAAAUUGACUAAAUAUUUUCGCAAUACCAGCACAAAUAAAGCAUUAUGUAUAUUUUCGAAUACAUUCCAUGAAGUAUAUAAGUUUCACAAUCACAGAUUUAUUUUCCGAACAUAAAAUAAUGAUGUUAUAUCAUUUCUUUUGUUUUUCAAAACAGAAGCAAUUAGGCUGCAUUAUGCUUAACGAAAUGUUUGUAAUCUUACAUUUCAUUUUUUAAUCAUGAAACAAUACAUGCUACAAAAUUUUAGAAACAAAACUAGAUAUACUUUGAAACAUAAGUAGAGAAUUUAAUUACAUUAAGCAUUUACAAUAAUGGUGCAACUUACCGACAAAGCGAUUCAGAUAUGGUGCUAAUGUUACAGGUAUAAAAUGAUAGAUAGUUACAGUAAUUAAGCUCAAUCAGCAUUCUUUAUUAUUGUUGUAGUGUUAGCAGCUGGAAAAAGAAACUUUUAUCAGGAUUUUAAGUACAUUUUAUCUUCUGUCUUACCUUGUGCAGAAGGACGAAAACAUACAAUUAACAAUAUAUCAUCGAAAUAGAUGUAAGCAAAUAUUUAUACCGUACAUUAUUAUAAUACUAGUAUAAAAAAAUAAUUUCAUGUGUGUACGAAACAUUUGUAAAAAUAUUAUCUCGUCAACGUUUUAUCUAUUAAUUAACUUUCUAGUGACGAGAAACGAUUUUAAAAACAUACUUACACUUUGCCAUUCAGUCAUUAACACUUGGAUCAUUGUUAAGCACUAUAUUAUAUAAGGGAUAACUCGAUAAUUUAGUGCAAAACUUAAAUGUAUUUUUAUUUCAGUGUGGAAGUAGGAUAUAAUUUAUAGGAUACAACGAUUCCAGUUACUGCAAUAGCAAUUUCUUUUAAUAUUUUUAUAACCAGAAAUAUGUGCAUUUUAAUAUGUUUACAUUGAAAUACCUUAUAUCGACUAACAAAUGAAUGCACAAUUUAAUAUUUAAAUUCGUAAAGUAUUAAAUAAGACAGUAAUACAUUCCCUAGAACAAAUUUUAGAUUAGAUUUAGCUUUAUAAUUAUUACAGAUUAAUUCCAUACUUAAAAGGCUCAGUUCGCAAUUGUAAUUCUGAUAGUUAAGUUCUGCAGUACAUUAUUGAGCUAUUCCAUACGGAUACCAUUGAUAUGCUGGAAUUUUUAAUCAAGGCUUCCAAGUGUAAGGAACGAAAUAUAUGACCACCACUCGUUUAAUAAAAUACUAAACGAGAACUAUCAUUAAUUUAAUUGAGCUCUGAGUAAUCACUAAAUAUGAUUGUACUUUUUGUAUCAGAAUGAUAUAUAUUCCUUAUCUAUAUAUUUGUUACUUUUUGCAACAAGCAUAUACAUAUACAAGAAUUAACUAGUAAUUAUCUGAUUAGAAUUACAGUUUUGAAACUGACUAAAUUUUUUAAGUUAGUGGAAAAGAAAAAUUCUGCCGCAGCAUAAGUAUAUACAUCUUAAAGAAUCAAAAUGCAAUCAAUAUUUACUCUUGAAAUGUUAGAGAAAUUAUAAUAAACAUGAACAAAUAUAAGAAUCCAAUGUGGUCAUAUUUGUGUAGUCAAAUGACAGAACAUUAUACGUGUGAUUUUUUAAAUUUUACUAAAUUAUGAAAAAUCAGUCUUUAAAAAUGCAUAAAUUGUCACUGCCCCCUUCUUUAAACUACAAAGCACAGAGAUGUUACUUUUUUCCAACGUCCAGAUUUUAUGUAAGAAUAAAUGCACAUAUCUCAAUUUAGAGAAAAAUUAGGCAUGUUAUAAUUUGUCAUCAGACCACGAAAUCUUACCAUUUGCUAAUAUUAUUAAUAUUAUUCUACUAUAAAUAUUAAUUAAUAUACUUUAAAUCCAUAUUUUAUUAAUAAGACUUUUAUUCAAAAAGAAUGAGACUGACAUAAUAAUUAGGUGAUUUAUCGUAAAAGAAAUGUUGCUAAGGGAUUCUUCUCUUUCAAUGGCUUUCAAAACUUAGCAAUUCAUAUUAUUAUCCUUUUGGAACUACAAGAAAUAUUCAUAAUUUUUCAUUUUUUAAUGAUAACUUAUUAUAUUUCAUACAAAAAUUUGACUUAUUGAAAUGUUUAAAUACAAAAUUAUUCUUGCUUCCUGUACUUAACAGAGAAAAUUUUAUUUGUUUAUUAAAUUAUUAAAAAGUUUUUGCAACAUAAGAAAGUGACUGAUACACAAUUAUUAUGUCUUUUAUAAUAGAAUUAAACUACUAGGUACCGGGAAAAGUUCAUGCGAGUUCUUAAAUCAAAAUUUAAACAUGGAGAACGUUUUUGUAAAAUAAUUUUACUUUAUUUGAUACCAAUGGCAUCAUUCAUUAAACUAGUGAAAUAUUAAUUGAAAUCGAACUUUAAUUCACUGCUAACAAGAAAACUGCACGAACUUUUUCCUGUAUCUAAAUAUUAAGAUGCUUAAAAGUAAUGGGAUUUUUAUCUAAAUUUUAUUCAAUUUAUCACGUUUAUAAAAAAAACUGAAUUCCAUUUGUUGCAUUUAGAGUGCCAUUUAUUUUGCAUUAAAAUAAUUUACAUUUGUUUAUAUACUAAAUGCAAACUUAUGCCAUAAUAUUUUUCUUUAAUGUACAAAGAUCAAGAAAGCGCCAUACAUUAAAUUUUUCAAAUAUGUACCUUUUUAUUUUCAAAAUUUAGUUGAAAUGUUCAUUAUUUACAACAAAAUUAAAUAUUUUUCUAACAAAAUUUUUCUUAAAUAUUUUUUAUAAGCAGAUGCAAUAUUUGAGUCUAGUAUUAGUCUUAUUUUAUACAGAAGUUAUUUAACAGAUUUCUUAGUGUACUGCAUUUAAAACUUCGUUGUUUCAUUUGAAAUACAUAUUAAUGUAUGCAGUAUAUAAAUUUUACAUUGUGACAGAAACGAAUGCUCAAAUACAGUGUCGUUCCUUACAUAUUGAAAAUUUAAAGAUCUAUAAGUAACCAAGAGGAAUAUUCCUCCUUCUAGACAUGUUAAGAAGCUAAAGCAGAACCCAGAGAAAGCUGAAAGAAAUAAUGGGAAUGCUUUAACAAAUUAGGAAUAAGUCAAAUUGUUUUUAAUCUCAAAGAGACUACUACAUAAGGGUUUCGGUCUUUAGAGGCUAGACAGUAUAUUUGUCAUAUGACAUGGCAUGUUACUUUUUUUCCCAUGUUAGCAAUAAGAUUUGGUCUUCCAACAAGUGAUACAUAUGGGACUACAAAAUCACAUGUUUUGUAUUGCCUUGACAUUGAUAUUCCAGAUAUCUGUAAUUUGUACUAAUAUUUCCAAUUCUCGAUUAAACAAUAUGUUAAAAAUGUACUCUUUCUGGGAAAGUGCAAUAAAAUAUGGGA